AGCUGCAGAGAUCCUGGUUGAGCCAGUCACCUGUUGCCAGUUCUUCAUUCUGAGGCCUUUUUAUUUCACCACGUCACGCGCUUCAAGUUCAACGAGCAGGCGCAACUUCGUAAUUAAAAAUCGAGGCUCUAUGUAUUGAUCCAUCUUAGAAAAAUAAAAUUUUUUCUUUGUAAAAAUGAAGUGUUUAGAUGGAAGCAACAAUGUUAAAGUAUAUAACCUCACAGCUGAAAAAACACAGCCAGAGUGGGCCAAAAAGAAGAAGAAGAAGAAGUUGAAAGCCAAUAGUGAGGAUCUGUUGCAAGAUUUUGUCAUGCCUGAUGUUAGCAACUGCAUUAAGUUGUCCCCCAAUGGCGAGUAUCUCAUGGCUUGUGGCACCUACAAACCUGUCAUGAAAUGUUAUGACCUGUCUGAGCUAUCUGUCAAAUUUGAAAGAGGGAUGGACUAUGAAGUUAUUCGACUAGAAAUUCUCAGUGAUGAUUAUAGUAAGAUAGCUUACCUUCAAGAAUAUCGUUAUGUUGAGCUGCAUGGUCAGGGUGGCCGUAUCCACCGCCUACGAAUACCCAAGUUUGGCCGUGACCUCUGCCUACAUCAGCCAUCAGCUGAUCUGUAUAUUGCAGCGUCUGGACUAACAUUGAACAAGCAUCAUGGGCUCUUAACAAUGGGUACUGAUGAUGGCAUCCUGCAGUGCUGGGACCCACGAGACCGCAGUAAAGCCGGGGUCCUUGACUGUGGCAAGCACAUGGCCGAGUAUGCCAACAGUUUGGACGAGGAGAUCAGGUCCAGGAAAGACCUGCGCAUCACAUCACUUGAAUACAGCGGCCCACACACACUGGCCGUAGGCAACUAUACAGGGCAGAUCCUGAUGUACGACAUCCGCUGCCAGAGCCCGUACCUGAUACGUGACCACCACAACCGCUCGCCCAUCCAAGCUCUGCACUUCCAUUCCUCCGGCAACGUCUUCUCCAUGGCGCCAAAUGUGCUCAAAAUAUGGGACAAGAAUAACGGCGAGGCGGUUACGAGCAUCGAAGGCGACGCGCCAUUCAACGACAUGGCCGUCGUGCCGGGCACAGGGCUGGCCUUCUUCGCUGCUGAGGACAAGAACAUGAAGGCUUACUUUAUCCCCAGCCUCGGCCCCGCCCCCGCGUGGUGUGGUCACUUGGACGCGAUGACGGAGGAGAUGGAGGAGGACGCCGAGGCGACCGUGGCCGCGCAGUACGACGACUACACCUUCGUGACGGAGGGCGAGCUGCUCGAGCUGGGGCUUAAGGACCUUGUUGGCACGAGCAUGCUGAGAGCGUCCAUGCACGGCUACUACAUCAAUAAUGCGCUCUACAACAAAGCCAAGCGUCUCGCGGUGCCUGUCAAGCCCAUCAACGUCAUCAAGCAGAAGCUGAAGGAGACCAUCGCUGAAGAGAACAAGAUCAAACUUAAGCAGAAAGAGAAGGAAGGCGUUGUGAACAAGGAGGUGCUGCAGGCGGUCGGAGACGAGUUCAAGGAGGAGAUUUUGGACGAGAGAAUUUCGCGGCUCUUCAGAGACCAACGUUUUGCCAGAGACCCUGAGCUCGCUAAGCGGCUAGACCGGUCUGGCGGUGCCGGCAUCAAGAUGAAGGAGGCCUUCAAGAAGCGCAAGAGGGAAAUAGAGCGCGAGGAACAAGAGUUCCAAAACGAGCCUGAAGACGCUGGGGAAGUCUCUGAUGCCGACUCCAUCUUGGAUGCUAUUGAUGAUAGCGCGCCGAGAAGCGAGUCUGAAGAGGAUGAGGAGAGAGAACAGCAGAAGCAAAAACUGUUUAGGAACAAACCUCGUCGCUUCUAAGGGACAUCAGAGCAGGGCACGUCUACAAGUCCGCCUUAUCCAUCACCUUUUAUUAAACUGUGAUAUUGA